AGUACUACUUCCCCCGAUAGUACCGCGCCGCUCCGCCCCGGAGUGACGCCCUCCGCCCAUGGGCUUGGCCGAGGGCUACCGGCGGGCGGCGCGGAGGAGGAGGCGGCGACGGCAGGUGGCGCGCAGCAGGGCCGGAGCUGGGCCGGGCCAUGGCCGCCUCGGAGCGGCUCUACGAGUUGUGGCUGCUCUACUACGCGCAGAAGGACCUGGGCUACCUGCAGCAGUGGCUGAAGGCCUUUGUGGGUGCCUUCGAGAAGAGCAUCUCACUGUCCUCUCUGGAACCACGCAGGCUGGAGGAGGCAGGUGCGGAGGUGCCGCUGCUCCCACUGGAUGUGCUGCGUGUGCUGGCCGAGCAGCUGGAUCGGCAGGACCUGGAGCAAGCCCUGCUGCUGCUCAAGCUCUUCACUGUUCUCUGCAGGAACCUGGAGAAUGUUGAGGCUGGCUGGGGCCAGGUGCUGGUGCCCCGGGUGCUGGCACUGCUGACCCGGUUGGCAGCUGAGCUGAAAGGCCCCCCCAACCAGGAGGGCCGUGGGCCCCAGCUGGAGAAUGUGGCCCUGCAUGCCCUGCUCCUCUGUGAGGGUCUCUUUGACCCCUACCAGACAUGGCGGCGCCAGCACAGUGGGGAAGUCAUCAGCUCCAGAGAGAAGAGCCAGUACAAGUUCCCUCCGGCAGCUUUGCCCUGUGAAUUCAGCGACUUCUUCCGAGAGAGCCUGCAGGAUGCAAAUCGCUUGCCCCCCAAGUUGCUGUUGCGUCUCAUCCACCUCUUUGGUGCUGUCCUUGCAGGAGGGAAGGAGAACGGGCAGAUGGCUGUGAGUCCUGGCUCUGUUCAGGGCCUGUUGGAUGUGGUCCGGGGCUGGGGCUGUGGGCCAGCCCAGGACCCCCGCCUACUGCCGCUGGCACUGGAGGCACUGGUGGGUGCAGUCCAUGUCCUGCACACCAGCCGCACACCCUCCCGCGGGCCUGAACUCCGAGCCCUGCUCGAGGGCUACUUCUGCGUUCUUAAUGCCGACUGGCCAGCUGGGCCGAGUCCAGGCCCUGAGAAGGCCCUGGUCACCCUAUGGGUCAGCAUGCUAGAUGCCAUCCCCUUGAUGCUGGCAUGUGAGGACCGGCCAGCGCUGCAGGCCACCUUCCUUAGCAACAAUUGCUUUGAACACCUUACUCGCCUCAUCCAGAACAGCAAGCUAUACCUGCAGGCCUGGGCGCCCCCUGAGGGGGACAGUGACCUGGCUACCCGGUUACUGACCGAGCCCGAUGUCCAGAAGGUACUGGAUCAGGACACAGAUGCCAUUGCAGUCCACGUAGUCAGAGUGCUGACCUGCAUCAUGAGUGGCUCCCCCUCAGCCAAGGAGGUAUUUAAGGAGCGUAUCGGCUAUCCCCACCUGCAUGAGGUUCUGCAGAGCCACGGUCCUGCAACCCAUCGGCUGUUGCAAGAGCUGCUCAACAUGGCUGUGGAGGGUGACCACAGCAUAUGUCCGCCACCACCAAUCCGCAAUGAGCAGCCAGUGCUGGUACUCAUGCAGUGGCUGCCAGCACUGCCCACAGCUGAGCUGCGGCUCUUCCUAGCACAACGCCUCUGGUGGCUCUGUGACAGCUGUCCUGCCAGCCGUUCCACAUGUGUGCAGGCAGGCCUGGUGGGCUGCCUGUUGGAGACGCUUAGCACAGGGGUCGCCCUAGGGGUCCGCUGCCAGGAGCAGCUGCUGGCACUGUUACAAGCACUGGGCCGCGUGUCACUGAGACCCUUGGAGCUGCGUCGCCUGCUGCGUCCCCCACCAGGGCUGGACUUAGAGCCAGGUAGAGCUGAGGCCGAGAAUGCCCGGCAUGCAGGUGCCAUCAUUCGUGCAUUAUCAGGCAUGGCCCGGCACCAGGGCUCUGUACGAGCUCUUUGCUACUUUGAUCUCACACCUAGCAUGGCGGGCAUUAUGGUACCCCCCGUGCAACGCUGGCCAGGACCUGGCUUCACCUUCCAUGCCUGGCUCUGUCUGCACCCCAUGGCUGCAGGGCCUACCCCAGCCCCCACUCGGCCACUCCAGAGAAAGCAACUGUACAGUUUCUUCACCAGCAGUGGCGCAGGGUUUGAGGCCUUCUUCACAGCAGCUGGGACCCUGGUGGUGGCUGUAUGCACCCGGAAGGAGUACUUAACUCUGAGCUUGCCUGAGGUGUCCUUUGCUGACUCUGCCUGGCACUGCGUGGCCAUUGUCCAUGUGCCGAGGCGCCGGCCCUUCAGCCAGAACCUGGUCCAAGUCUACAAAGAUGGUCAUCUGGUCAAGGAAGCACCCUUUCACUGCCCCUCCCUCAGUGAGCCUUUCUCCUCCUGCUGUAUCGGCUCCGCUGGGCACCGCACAACGACCACCACCACAGGGCUGCCUGCACCGCCAGUGCCCACUGCCCUGGCUCACACUCACCCCUCCCUCACCCGCUCCCAGUCAGUCCCAGCCACCACAGGGCUUGGCUGGGGGGCUGGGCUGGUGGCCCCCCUUCAAGAGGGCAGCAUCAGCUCCACCCUUGCAGGCACACAGGACGCUCGGUGGGGCAGCCCCACGUCCCUGGAGGCUGAGCUAGGGGCCGUGGCCAUCUUCCCGGAAGCCUUGCCGGCGGCAGCCCUGCAGGUCCUGAGCAACCUGGGGCCCAAUGAGAUGGCACCCUUCAAGCCAGAGGGUGAACUGCAUGAACUUGGCACCAAGCUGCUCCUUCAUUACUCACCUCAGGCCUGUAAGAACAACAUCUGCCUGGACCUGUCCCUUGGCCACGGGCUGGAUGGCCGUCUGACUGGCCACAGAGUAGAGACCUGGGACGUGAAGGAUGUGGUGAACUGUGUGGGAGGCAUGGCUGUCCUGCUGCCCCUGCUGGAGCGAGUGGCUGCACAGCCUCAAGAGGCUGAGGCAGGUCCAGCUGAAACACAUGACCUUGUGGGGCCCGAACUGACCUCGGGCCACAACACCCAGGGCUUGCUUCUCCCACUGGGCAAGUCCUCAGAGGAGCGAAUGGAGAGGAACGCAGUGGCUGCCUUUCUGCUCAUGCUGCGGAACUUCCUGCAGGGCCACACUGUGAACCAGGAGAGCCUGGUGUAGUGCCAGGGGCCUGCCAUCGUCGGCGCCCUCUUGUGCAAGGUCCCCAGCUGGGCCAUGGACAUGAAUGUGCUUAUGUCUGCCCAGCUGCUGAUGGAGCAAGUGGCAGCUGAGGGCAGUGGGCCCCUCCUGUACCUGCUUUAUCAGCACUUAGUCUUCAACUUUCACAUCUGGAGCCUCAGCACCUUUGCUGUGCACCUGGGUCACAUCCAGUACAUGUCUAGCAUAGUCCGUGAGCACAGACAGAAGCUGAAGAAGAAGUACGGGGUGCAGUUUGUCCUCGAUGCCCUGCGCAUCCACUACAGCGCACAGCGGGAGCACCCCCUGGCUGCCGAUGAGCUGCACACAGUGCAGACCUUGCUUCUGGGUCUGGCACGGGAUCUCCUGGUUCGGAGCUCCUCCGCUGAUGACAUGCAGGUGGUGCUGAGCUUUCUGGCAGCUGUUGGUGAUGAGGGCCAGGUGGUGGGUGCACUGGACCUGCUGCUGGCACUGCUUCAGGGCUCCCCAGCACAGGAGUCCUUGGCUGUCUUCCUGCUGGAGCCAGGGAACCUGGAGGUGCUGUUGGCACUGCUGGUGCGGGCAAGGUCACUGCCCCUGCUGCCCGACCGAAUCUGCAAGAUCCUGCGCAGACUCCAGCAGAAUGAGCGCCUACCUGAGCGGUGUCGCCAGCGACUCCGGCUGCGAGAGUAUGGCCUCCAGGGUCUUGUCACCUGCCUUCCAGAGGGGGCCGUCUCCCCCCAGCUCUGCCAGGGCCUCUACAAGCUGUUCCUGGGCACAGACUGCCUGAACCUCUCAGACCUGCUGGCUGUGGUGCAGCUGUCCCUGCAGGCUGACCUCAGUGUGCGUCUGGAUGUUUGUCGCCAGCUCUUCCACCGCAUCUACAGGCAGCCCGAUACAGUGCGGCUGCUGGCCCAGCAGGCUGGCUGGCAAGAUGUGCUGACCCGGCUGUAUGUCCUAGAGGCUGCCACGGCUGACAGUCCCCUGCCCUUUACCCCGGAGCCACUCACCUCCCCGGAGCCAGACUUACCCAAGCCACCCACUGAGUCACCUGAGUCUUCAGACGUCUUCCUGCCCUCGGAGACCCCAUGCCCUGAUCCUGAUGCUUUUUACCAUGCCCUCUCCCCGUUCUGUGCACCCCUUGACCUAGGCCUGGAGCGGGCCAGUGUGGGUUCAGGCAACACUGCUGGCGGGGGCAGUGACAGUGGGACUGUCACUCCAGCCAGCCAGCCUGGCACGCCUUCCCCGCUGGAUGGGCCCCGGCCCUUCCCUGCUGCCCAUGGCCGCCACAGCUCCAGUCUCUCCAAUGUGCUGGAGGACGGCAGCCUCCCGGAGCCCACUGUCAGUGGGGAUGACACCUCUAAUGCCAGCAACCCUCAGCAAACCUCAGAGGAGGAGUUGUGCAACCUGCUCACCAACGUGCUGUUCUCAGUGACAUGGAGGGGUGUGGAAGGCAGUAAUGAGGCUGCCUGGCGGGAGCGUGGCCAGGUCUUCUCAGUGCUCACCCAGCUGGGGGCCUCAGCCACACUGGUGCGCCCACCAGACUGCAUCAAGCGCAGCCUCCUGGAGAUGAUGCUGGAGUCAGCCCUGACUGACAUCAAGGAGGCCCCUCCUGGGGGCCUGGCCAGCCUCACCCAGCAGGCACUUUGGCUGCUGCGCCUGCUGCAGGACUUCCUGUGUGCAGAGGGCCAUGGCAACCAGGAGCUGUGGAGUGAGAAGCUCUUUGAAGGUGUGUGUGGCCUCCUGGAUCGCCUGGGAGCCUGGCCACACCUGGCCAAUGGUACAGCAGAUCUCCGAGAGAUGGCACAGAUUGGCCUGCGCCUGGUACUUGGCUACAUCUUGCUGGAGGACCCACAUCUACACGCCCAGGCCUACGUGAAGCUGCAUGGGCUGCUGCAGACCACAGUGCCCAUGCGUCGCGAGGAGGCCUGCUAUGUGCUGUCUAAGCUGGAGGCGGCACUAGCCCGGGCACUGAAGACUUCUGCCUCAGACAGUGCCCCGGAAGACAGGGAGCCCCCAGCUGUGGCUACCACAGCUGCAGAGCGGUGCUCCUGGCUGGUGCCACUGGUGCGCACGCUGCUGGACCGUGCCUACGGGCCCCUGGGGCUGCAGUGGGGGCUGCCUUCCCUGCCACCCACCAAUGGCAGCCCCACCUUCUUUGAGGACUUCCAGGCUUUCUGUGCCACACCUGAAUGGCGCCACUUCAUUGACAAGCAGGUGCAGCCCACCAUGUCGCAGUUUGAAAUGGACACCUACGCUAAGAGCCACGACCUCAUGUCGGGCUUCUGGAAUGCCUGCUACGACAUGCUCAUGAAUAGUGGGCAGCGGCUCCAACAGGAGCGGUUGAGGAGUGGUCAGGACUUCCAGGACCUGGUGCUAGAACCUGCCCUGAGGCGGGCACGCCCAGAGGGGCUUCGCUACUCCGCAGCGCAGAAACAGCAAGCAAGUCAGCACUCCACCGCCCUGCUGCACUGGGAGGCGCUGUGGCGGCAGCUCUCCAGCCCCUGCGGGGCCUGGGCCUUGAGGGACCCGCCCAUUCCCCGCUGGAAGCUGUCCAGCGCCGAGACAUACUCGCGCAUGCGUCUGAAGCUGGUGCCCAAUCAUCACUUCAACCCUCACCUAGAAGCCAGCGCCCUGCGAGACAACCUGGGUGAGGCCCCCCAGACACCCACCCAGGAGGCCUCGCUGCCUCUAGCGGUGACCAAGGAGGCUAAAGUCAGCGCCCUACCUGAGGAGCUGCAGGAAGACCAGCUAGGCGAGGACGAGCUGGCUGCCCUGGAGACCGCGAUGAAGGCAGCAGAACUGGAUGAACAGCAUGAGAAGCUGGUGCUGUCGGCCGAGUGCCAGCUGGUUACAGUGGUGGCUGUGGUCCCAGGGCUACUGGAGGUCACCACACAGCACCUCUACUUCUACGAUGGCAGUGCCGAGCGCGUGGAAACCGAGGAGGGUAUUGGCCAUGAUUUCCGGCGCCCACUGGCCCAGCUCCGUGAGGUCCACUUAAGGCGUUUCAACCUGCGCCGCUCAGCACUUGAGCUCUUCUUCAUUGAUCAGGCCAACUACUUCCUCAACUUCCCGUGCAAGGUGGGCAGGACUGCGGCCUCAUCCUGCCAGGCCCCCAGGCCCCAACCCUGCCCCAUCCCACCCCAUACGCAGGUACGGAACCAGGUGUACUCAUGGCUCCUGCGCCUGCGACCCCCUACGCAAGGCUACCUAAGCAGCCGCUCCCCCCAGGAGAUGCUGCGUGCCUCAGGCCUCACCCAGAAAUGGGUACAGCGUGAGAUAUCCAACUUUGAGUACUUGAUGCAACUCAACACCAUUGCGGGGCGGACCUACAACGACUUGUCUCAGUACCCUGUGUUUCCCUGGGUCCUACAGGACUAUGUGUCCCCAACUCUGGACCUCAGCAACCCAGCCAUCUUCCGGGACCUGUCCAAGCCCAUUGGGGUGGUGAACCCCAAGCAUGCCCAGCUUGUGAGGGAGAAAUAUGAGAGCUUUGAGGACCCAGCGGGCACCAUUGACAAGUUCCACUAUGGCACCCACUAUUCCAAUGCAGCAGGCGUGAUGCACUACCUCAUCCGAGUGGAGCCCUUUACCUCCCUGCAUGUCCAGCUGCAGAGUGGCCGCUUUGACUGCUCUGACCGGCAGUUCCACUCAGUGGCAGCUGCGUGGCAGGCCCGUCUGGAAAGCCCAGCCGAUGUGAAGGAGCUUAUCCCAGAGUUCUUCUACUUCCCUGACUUCCUGGAGAACCAGAACGAUUUUGACCUGGGCUGCCUCCAGCUGACCAACGAGAAGGUGGGCGAUGUGGUGCUGCCCCCGUGGGCCAGCUGCCCUGAGGACUUCGUCCAGCAGCACCGCCAGGCCCUGGAGUCGGAGUACGUGUCUGCCCACCUGCAUGAGUGGAUCGACCUCAUUUUUGGCUACAAGCAGCGAGGGCCAGCCGCGGAGGAGGCCCUCAAUAUCUUCUAUUACUGCACCUAUGAGGGGGCCGUGGACCUGGACCAUGUGGCAGAUGAGCGAGAACGGAAGGCUCUGGAGGGCAUUAUCAGCAACUUUGGACAGACUCCCUGUCAGCUGCUGAAGGAGCCACAUCCAGCCCGGCUCUCAGCUGAGGAAGCAGCUCAGCGCCUGGCACGUCUGGAUGCUAACUCACCUAGCAUCUUCCAGCACCUGGACCAGCUCAAAGCCUUCUUUGCAGAGGUCAUCAGUGAUGGCGUGCCCCUGGUGCUGGCCUUCGUUCCUCACCGGCAGCCCCACUCCUUCAUGACCCAGGGCUCCCCAGACCUAUUGGUGACUGUGAGUGCCAGUGGGUUGCUGGGCACCCACAGCUGGUUGCCUUAUGACCGUAACAUAAGCAACUACUUCACCUUCAGCAAAGACCCCACCAUGGGCAACCCCAAGAUGCAGCGACUGCUGAGUGGCCCAUGGAUGCCAGGCAGUGGUGUGAAUGGGCAAGCCCUGGCGGUGGCCCCCGAUGGAAAGCUGCUCUUCAGUGGUGGCCAUUGGGAUGGCAGCUUGAGAGUAACUGCACUGCCCCGGGGCAAGCUGUUGAACCAGUUCAGCUGCCACCUUGAUAUAGUGACCUGCCUAGCACUGGACACCUGCGGCAUCUACCUCAUCUCAGGUUCCCGGGAUACCACAUGUAUGGUGUGGCGGCUCCUGCAGCAGGGUGGUGUCUCAGGGCUGGCAUCAAAGCCUGUGCAGGUCCUGUAUGGACAUGAGGCUGCAGUGAGCUGUGUAGCCAUCAGCACUGAACUGGACAUGGCCGUGUCUGGAUCUGAGGGUGGAACUGUGAUCAUUCACACUGUACGCCAUGGCCAGUUUGUGGCAGCACUACAGCCCCCGGGGGCCACAUUUCCUGGACCUGUGUCCCACCUGGCACUGGCAUCUGAGGGCCAAAUUGUGGUACAGAGCUCGGCACGGGAGCGUCUUGGGGCUCAGGUCACCUAUUCCUUGCACCUGUACUCUGUGAAUGGGAGGUUGCGGGCUUCACUGCCCCUGCUAGAGCAGCCCACAGCCCUGGCAGUGACGGAGGAUUUUGUUCUGCUGGGCACAGCUCAGUGUGCUUUGCACAUCCUACACCUGAACAAACUGCUCCCUGCUGUGCCUCCUCUGCCCAUGAAGGUGCCCAUUCGCAGCGUGGCUGUGACCAAGGAGCGCAGCCACGUGCUCGUGGGCCUGGAGGACGGCAAACUUAUCGUGGUGGGCGCUGGGCAGCCCUCUGAGGUGCGCAGCAGCCAGUUUGCGCGGAGGCUGUGGAGAUCCUCCCGGCGCAUCUCGCAGGUGUCCUCUGGAGAGACAGAAUAUAACCCUGGAGAAGCGCGCUGACAGUCUGUCCCGCCCACGGCGCAGGCUCCGCCCAGGCGGGCUCCGCCCCUGGAGGCCCGGCUCAGGGGUCGACGGGAAUCGCGAGGAGGAAACGCCGAGUCCGGGGGCCAGCACUCAGGGGGUGGGCGGGGCCCACUCCCGCCCAACUCAGGGAUUGGCGGGCAGUUCGCUCCAGGAAGUCCCGCCCCUCGCCGGUAGAGGAGGUGCCCGGAGUCCCAGCCCCGGCCUCAGCGGCCGCCCAGCACGUUUUGCACAGUCGGGCGGGAGCCCAGGCUCUCGGAUCUUCUCCCGUCCCGGCGGAGCGCAAGGGCCCGGCUGUGGCCUUAACCCCUAAAGGCGGCUCCUUGCUCUCCCAUUCUCGGCAAUAAACCUGGCUUAGUUUUGUA